ACACGGGGUGGGCGUGGCAGCCGGGGGGCAUAGCGUACCUCGCGCCACACCUAUCCAUCCGACUGUGUGUGGCUGUGAUCAAAAGCAUAUUUUAAGGAUGAUGAAAGCCUGCAAAAAUAAGGACCUUCGGAUUCCUGAAGCAAUUAUUUGUGGUAUUUACCGUCACUGGAAUGUUUUCCAUCAUGAUUUUCUUUUAUAACCUGUCCAAACCCUUAAGGUGUCCUGAGCAUUUGUCAUCCCCAGCAUAUGCAGCCAUUGACUAUGUUAAUUGGAAGAAUACCGGGAUAUCACAGAAGAUUAUGGAAAAGCCACUUGAAGAACUGGCAAAGUUUCAAGCAAGCCCAUCUAAAGGGAAAAGUAUAGAGAGAUCUUGCUGGCCUCAAAGACAUAUAUUUUUCCUAAAAACCCAUAAAACAGCAAGUAGUACCAUCAUGAAUAUUCUCUUUCGAUUUGGAGAAUCGCAUAACUUAACAUUUGCACUACCAUCUAAUAACCGUACACAGUUCUUUUAUUCAAACUAUUUCAAGACUUACUUUGUGGAAGGCUUCAAGACAAAAAUCCAACCUAAGUAUGAUAUAAUGUGUCACCACAUGCGCUUCGACCUCACAGAGGUGGAAAAGGUAAUGCCCAAGGACACCUUUUACUUCACCAUAUUGCGGAAUCCGGUCUCUCUCAUGGAGUCAACAUUUUCAUAUUAUAGGUUUUACGACAUCUUUAUUAAUGCUCUCAGCUUGGAAGAUUACUUGACAAAUCCUUACAAAUAUUACAAAAAUAAAUCUUCAUACAGUAAUUUUGGAAAAAACCUCAUGGCCUUUGAUUUUGGCCUUAAUCCAGAUGAGCCUGAAACUCCCAAACACUUUGAGCUGGCCCAGAAAACUAUAGAAACCAUGUUCAACUUGGUCCUGAUCACGGAGUACUUUGACGAGUCAUUAAUUCUUUUGAAGGAUGCCCUUUGCUGGGGUUUUGAUGAUAUCUUGUCCUUUCCUCUAAAUAGCAGGAACACCACCAGCAGAAACAUUCUUUCUGAGGAAACUCAAGAGAAAAUCAAAGCUUGGAACCAGUUAGACUGGCAGCUAUAUAUUUACUUUAACAGGACCUUUUGGGAAAAGGUAGACAAAUUUGGGCAAAACAGAAUGCAGAGUGAGGUGAAAGAACUUCGGAGGAGGAGGGCAGAGCAAUCUGAAAUUUGUCUAGAAGGUCUAGUAGACCCAAAAGUAGUAAAAGAUGACUCCAUAAAACCAUUUCAGGCUGGAGAAGAUAAAAUUCUUGGUUACAACCUGAAGUCAGGUCUCCAAAAGGAUCAGGAGUUGUCAUGUCGCCAGCUGAUCACUCCAGAACUUCAGUAUACAGCACUACUGUAUAACAUGCAAAAUCAGAAAAAUUAAAUAAAAAUAUUACAGAAUGCCAGUUCAGAAAGGUAAGGUCAGGGGCUAACACUAGAGAUGAGCGAACUUACAGUAAAUUCGAUUCGUCACGAACUUCUUGGCUCGG